AUGCAGCUCACCGCUGUCUUGUUAGCGUUGACUUUAGCCCACGCUCAGGUGGUGGUGGAUGACCCGAACGCCGAGCCCCAGACCACAAAAGCCCUUCCUACCAGUAUUUGGGUCACCGGUACCGAUGCCAACGGCAACUUGGCCACCACGCUCUCCCGGUUCACCCAAACCUUCCGUCUGAUGUGGGAGAUUGAAGCCGUGCCACUGCUGGGCAAGAUUGGUAUGGGAUCUAUCCAAGGGAAAGUGGGAGAAACCCGCACCUACGAUACCACUACCAUCGCCGGAGCGGCGACGUUAUUGAAGCGCUCUCUGGGAGAAACGUUUCCUAUACAAUUAACCCCUCUUUUGUGGAUGACCCUCGGCUUGAUUGCCGCCCUUGUCACCAUUUGA